CUUCCUCCUCACAACUUCCUACUCAGCCAUCUCUCUCUCUCUCUCUUCUUUCUCUCUCUAAAUUUUCAAAGGUUUAUUUUUCUGCGAUAUGCCGCAAGUCGAUUUGGAAACACUAGUUUCGGCGUGCGCUGGUGGCUCAAUGGAUCGGAAAAUCGCCUGCGAGACGCUGGCCGACGCCGCCACCGCCGGACACGGCCGGCCGGAGGAUGACGUCGAGGAACCGGAAGUUCCGCCGGAUUUGCCCCCGGAAUCCUUCUGGCUCUCGAAAGACGCAGAGUACGACUGGUUCGACCGCAACGCCUUCUACGAGCGCAAAGACUCCACCAAGGGAAACUCCAACGCUAAUAACUUGAAUUCGAAUCAAAAUUCGCACUCGAAUUCGAACUCGCAGCGGUUUUCGAUGAACUUGAAGUCGAAGGCGGCGAUCAUCGGGCUUCCCAAGCCGCAGAAGCACAACUACGCCGACACGAAGAAUCGGCGGCACUGCAAGGUCGGAAACACGAGGCUGUUUCCGAAACGGUCCGGAUCCGUUGGAAAAUCGGACGCUCCGAUGAUCGAGCCGUCGUCUCCGAAGGUCUCGUGUAUGGGGAGGGUGAGAUCGAAGAGGGAUCGGAAGAAGCGUCGGGUCAGGAAUCGGCACAGACAGUCGGCCGAGACGUCCAUGGAAAAGUCCGUUAAACCGGUUUCCGAGAGACGAAAACUCGGUUUCUUCGCGAGUUUUCGGGCGAUUUUUCGUCACGGCGGACACCGAGACAAAUCGACAAAAUCGCCGUUCGCGGACGACUUGCCUCCGAGAAACAGCAGCGUGAAGUCGACGAGAGCGCGCGACAGGGCGGCAGCGGACGAUGUCGACUCGCUUCCAAGACACAGCGUGGAGAGCGAACCGCCCGGUUUGGGUGGCAUGAAGCGGUUCGUUUCGGGUCGGAGGUCCGGAUCGUGGGUGGGCGAAGGCGGUAUCGACGUUGCGUAGUUGGUGGGCGUCUUGGAAAACUGAGAGGGAUACGGUCACGAGGAAGCAGCAGGUGGGUUGCGGGCGUGAUUGGUUGUCUGAGUGGGACCCGCUUCAUCCUGUUUAAAUUGUGGUUGGGAUGACGUGGCACGUUGAAUAACGGUUUCCCUCCAUACCCGGGUUAGAGGUAAAACAGUCAUUUCGGCUACAACGUUUUUCUUCGUUUUUUGUAUUUUUUUUCACUUCAUUAGUGUAGAAGGUUGUGUAAAUAUAUAUGCUUUUGGAUUGAGAGUUGUAAAUUUGCUUGUUAUUUUGGAUAAUUCGGGUACAAAAAUUGCA